AUGUCCCGUACGCGCCAUUCAAUAAGGGGGAAUGCGUCGGCCGCGCGGCGGACUGGACCUCCCAAGGAUACCGUCGUUAUGAUCGCGAUCGCCAAGGCGGGGCGGGCGGGGUCAAUGCCGCCUUCUCCUUCUUCCAGGACCAGGAUGAGUACGACGUGCGGUGCGCUGGAGUAUUACGACAAGACGUUUGACCAAUUCAACCCGAAGUCGGAGCGGCCAUUGGAGAGGUGCGAGACGAGGCAGCUCCACAAGGUGACGAUGAGCGAUGACCCCGUGGUGAAGCGACUGGCAGCAGAGGGCGGGGACGCACCCGCCGUGUUCGCCACGGACGCCAUUCUCUCCACGCUCAUGUGCGCGCCGCGCUCCGUGUACUCGGGGGACGUCGUGGUUCCAAAGAGCGGGGGGGAAAUGUUCUUCAACCAGCGGGACUCUUCGUUCCACUUGCUCACGGUGAGUGGUUCUGGAGUGUUUGACAGUGCGGCGUUUGGUGUGAACUAUCCGUUGCGCGAGUUCAACCUGCCCGCCUGCGCCGGCAACUUCUUUUUUAAUGCUGCAAAGCUCAGCCUCGUCGGCUCCACUGUUGGUGCCCUGGGGAGGCUUGCCUCCGACGCCAUUCUCUCAGCCGUCUCUAAAGGUGGUGGUGCCGUCAGCAAGCACGAACUUGACCGCAUGCUGCUGCAGCACUUCAACCACAUCCCUGUUGCUGUCCUCGGCACCACUGCUCUCAGGUGCAGCAAUGUUCAAUUGGGCGAGCCGUAUGUGGCUGGGGAUGGAUCUUAG